AUGCUUCGCCUGUUCUCCCGGUCUGCCCCGUCAGUGAGAGCCGCUUUCUCUGCCCGCACUAGCUACGCCAUUGCCAACUACCGCAACAUGGCUGCUAUGAGCAACGCAGCGGCCGCAAACUUUGACCGCUCAAAGCUGUUUGACGUGUCACACGUCACGGCUGUCGUCACUGGCGGCGCUACUGGCAUCGGCCUGAUGAUCACUCAGGCCCUGGCCACCAACGGAGCUAAAGUCUACAUCGUUGGAAGGAGAAAAGAGAAACUGGAGAAGACCGUCGAAACUUACAACAAGGGGCCUGGCCAAAUCAUUGCCCUACCCGGCGACGUGAGCUCCAAAUCCGACAUCCAGCGGUUAGCAUCAGAGCUCUCCAAGAAGGAGCCCAACGGCAUCCAGCUCCUCGUCAACAACGCAGGAAUCGCUCGGGAUGACCACACCAAACUUUCUGGCAGGGGGCAGCCCCUGGACUUCGCCGACCCCGCCGCCAUCUCCGAGCAUUUCCUCGCAUCACAGCCCGAAAACUGGGACGAGACUUUCCGUACCAAUGUGACCUCCAUCUUCUUCUCUUCCAUGGCCUUCCUUCCGCUGCUUGCCAAAGGCGGCAAGGUGGUGCCCGAUUACUCUUCCAGCGUCGUCAAUGUAAGCAGCAUUUCCGGCUGCAUGAAGGGCAGCAGCGGCGGUCAGUUUGCCUAUGCUGCUAGUAAGGCUGCCGCCACCCACGUCGGCCGCAUGCUUGCUACGACUUUUGUCAAGACCGGUGUCAGAGUUAACACGAUCGCACCCGGCAUGUUUCCAAGCGAAAUGACUACCGGAGACUCCGACGAAAAUAAUAAGUCCAGCCUGAGAACGACGCCUUCAAAUCCCUCCGGCCGCUACGGAACCGACUCCGAUAUGGCCGCAACUAUCCUCUUCCUCGCUGGCCGUGGAGGUACUUUUUACAAUGAGCAAAUAGUGUACCCAGAUGGAGGAAACACUAUCGUGCAGCCUGCUACCAAAUAA